CAUGAUGCCUGUGGUCCACCGCCGGGCCGGUCCGCUGCGCAGAGUUGACAGCGAGUCUGGAGGAUCCAGGAUUGUUGCUAGCUAAAUCGGAAAUUUAACGUGAAGCAGCUUGGGCGAGGAGACUGGAUACAAUAUUUUAUCUCGAGGAUUGGGUUUUUACAAGAAUAUAUUUUUCUCACAUCGGAAGGCGGACACGUAGAAACAAGAUCUACACCAAUGAUUGUGCUAGUUGAAGAAAGGCUAGAGCACCCAACAGUGAGAGACCCUGUUGGAACACCAGGGGUGUUUUCACCUGGAAACCACUUACGAGCUGGUUUAGUGGGCUGUGGUUUGCAGCUGGACUCCCCUCCCAGGAUGAUAUGAGAUUUAUCAGGAGACGAUGCAUACAGGAGGAGAGACCUCAGCAUGCACACCUUCGUCUGUUCGGCUUGCUCCCUCGUUCUCUUUCCAUGCCGCUGGACUUCAGAUGGCUGCUCCGAUGCCUCAUUCGCACCAGCAGUACAGUGACCGUCACCAGCAGACCACUGACCCAUCUGUCACCGCGCUGCCGUACAGCAAGCAGGCUCAGCAGUGUGUCGCCAGUCAGGUGACCCCUGAUGUUGUCAUGUUACAGAGGCGAAUGCCACAGUGCUUUCGUGACCCAUCCUCAGCCCCCUUGAGGAAGCUUUCUAUUGACUUAAUCAAAACCUACAAACACAUUAAUGAGGUAUACUAUGCAAAAAAGAAGAGGCGUCACCAACAGGGCCAGGGGGAUGACUCUAGUAAUAAGAAAGAGAGAAAGGUCUACAAUGACGGUUAUGAUGAUGACAAUUACGACUACAUUGUGAAAAAUGGGGAGAAAUGGAUGGAUCGAUAUGAAAUUGAUUCAUUAAUAGGCAAAGGGUCAUUUGGACAGGUUGUAAAAGCAUAUGAUCGUGUUGAGCAGGAAUGGGUAGCAAUUAAGAUCAUCAAGAAUAAGAAGGCUUUUCUAAAUCAAGCACAGAUUGAAGUGCGUCUCCUUGAGCUCAUGAACAAACAUGACACGGAGAUGAAGUAUUACAUAGUUCAUCUAAAGCGUCACUUCAUGUUUCGGAACCACCUUUGCCUAGUAUUUGAAAUGCUGUCAUACAACCUGUACGACCUGCUGCGGAACACGAAUUUCCGAGGAGUCUCGUUGAACCUGACCCGCAAAUUUGCCCAGCAGAUGUGCACCGCACUGCUGUUCCUAGCCACCCCAGAACUGAGCAUCAUCCACUGUGACCUGAAGCCUGAAAACAUACUCUUGUGUAAUCCCAAGAGGAGCGCCAUUAAGAUAGUGGACUUUGGGAGCUCUUGCCAACUGGGACAAAGGAUUUACCAGUACAUCCAGAGUCGAUUCUACCGCUCUCCAGAGGUUUUGCUGGGAAUGCCUUAUGACUUGGCCAUAGACAUGUGGUCUCUGGGCUGUAUUCUGGUGGAGAUGCACACUGGAGAGCCUCUUUUUAGUGGGGCUAAUGAGGUUGACCAAAUGAACAAGAUAGUCGAGGUCCUGGGUGUCCCUCCCAAUCACAUAUUGGAUCAAGCGCCAAAAGCAAGAAAGUUUUUUGAAAAGAUGUCUGAUGGCACAUGGUGUGUGAAGAAGACCAAAGAUGGCAAAAGGUAUAAACCGCCCGGUUCCCGGAAGCUCCACAGUAUUCUCGGUGUGGAAGCUGGAGGUCCCGGAGGGCGCCGGUCUGGAGAGUCUGGCCACGCGGUCGCCGACUACUUGAAGUUCAAGGACCUCAUUCUAAGAAUGCUGGACUAUGACCCCAAGGGCCGCAUUCAGCCCUACUACGCCCUGCAGCACAGCUUCUUUAAGAAGACCGCCGACGAAGGGACGAACACGAGUAGCAGUGUGUCUACAAGCCCGGCACUGGAGCAGUCUCAGUCUUCUGGGACUACGUCUAGCACGUCCUCCAGCUCAGGAGGGUCUUCUGGAACGAGCACCAGUGGACGUGCGAGGUCUGAUCCAACCCAUCAGCACCGGCACAGCGGAGGACACUUCAGUGCUGCAGUGCAGGUCAUGGACUGUGACAGCCUUUGCCCACAAGUAAGGCAGCCGUUCCCUCCACCCGUGGGCUGGGCGGGUGGUGAGGGGUCCCAGCAGGUGACCGUAGAGACUCACCCUGUACAGGAGACGACCUUCCACGUGCCUCCCCAGCAGCCGAAGGCAUUACACCCCCUUGCUGGCGGCAACAGCUCCCAGCACCACCACCACCAUCACCACCACCACCAUCACCAUCACCACCAUGGACAGGGUCUACCCGCACGGCCCCGCCCGCGGCUUUACAACUCACCCACCAACAGCGCUUCUACGCAGGACUCCAUGGAGGUGGUGCACAGCCACCUGUCCAUGACCUCCCUGUCUUCCUCUGCCUCCUCUUCCUCCACAUCUUCCUCCUCAACUGGGAACCAGGGCCACCAGGCCUACCAGAACCGCCCACUUGCUGCCAACGCCUUGGACUUUGGCCAGAAUGGCAGUAUGAACAUGGGAAUGGGUGCCUUUUCUAAUCCCCGCCAAGAAACUGGCAUGGCAGGGCAUCCCACGUACCCUAUUGCCACGAACCCAGGGCCUGGUCACUAUAUAAUGGAGGGUCACAUUGGCAUGAGACAAGGCAUUGAUAGGGAGGAGUCUCCAAUGGCAGGAGUCUGUGUUCAACAGGGUUCUGUCGCUAGUUCGUGACUUAAAUAAGAGAAUGGGUUUUUUUUCCCCCUGUGUGUGCGUGUGUGUGUGCGUGUGCGUGUGCGUGUGUGUGUGUGUAUUUUACAAGGUGGCGUUUUCAAAACAAGUGCAUAGAGAUCAAAAGCUGCUUAAAUUAGAAGGGAUAUUAUCACUGAACCGCUGCCACAAUACAGAGCCCAUAAUUUAUUAAACACUUCAC